AUGUGUGACAAAGUAGGAAAAUUAGCAUUGACUGGUACUAUUAAUACCCUCCUUAGGACCUACCACGCUCAAGUCACAGAUACAGGGAUGUCUUAUGGCGAUGAUAUUAGUGCUGUCAAAACGAAAGGGAAGCGUGUUAUUAUUGCUAGCAUUGAUGCCUACCAUGGCUUACGCAAACUAGACGAUCUACGCAAAGUGUUUGAUCCGAUGGACUUUAACCUCACCCGACAUCAGCCUUUGCUAACUGGGCUCGUUAGGUUUCCAGCAUGUUCGUUCGGCAGAGCUGCCCCGAAUUAA